CCCCUCACUUCCCUCUACAGCACAUGCAGAAACCGCCUUCUUGACCAUUGGACCCACUAUUGGUCUCGUCCACUCAAUCCGUCAGAGCUCAUCUUCGCAUGCAGGGGAAUCCCCUAACCCACUGAGGGUUUGAGACCCAUUGGCGACCCUCACUUGGUUUAGCCGGCCAGAGUUCAAGGAUGUUAUCAACCAAGAAAAAAACUUCAGGAAGGUGUAAUGAAGUGUUGCUGAGGAAUGUGGCCUGGAGAGACAGGGUGUGGCAGGGGAGGGGAUUUUGUUGUCCCAAGGGCCACAGAGAGAGAUCUGAAGGGCCGGGUAUGGCCCCUGCCCCUUGAAGGUCCCCCAUCUUGGCUUAGAGCUUCAGUCUUAUCAAGAUGGGAGCAGUCAUUCCAGUGGUCCAAAUGGAACAGCACAUCUAACCAAAUAAUUCUGCAAUUCACCCUAGUAGAUAUGAUUAACAGAUAGGUUGGCAGUAUUUUAAAGAUGUUAAACAUCUGAGUUGCUAUGUUGCUUUUAAAAGGAAAUGUUUUUUUGAGCACUUGGGAAUACAAGAGAGAGAGAGAAGGAGAGGCUGAGCUGCGGUUUGGACCCUUUGAAUACUUUCCACAGCAUUUUGCUCCAGAUCCCAGGAAUCUGUUUAUUUUGAAGCGGUUUUCAAGUCACCAAGAAUCCACCGCAUAUAUGAUUUGUGAGGGUUGCCUUUCCGUAUAUCUAUAUAUCAUGAAGACUAUACACAUAUAAGCACAUGCGUCGAAAAAUACUCUUUUAAGAAUAUUUGCCCAGAGACUAUUUUUGAAACCAACCUCAUUCUGAGGAAGGAGGUUACACCCAUUUGGUUUCUUUCAAGGCCAAAUUCUUGGAAUUAAAAAAAAGAGGGGGGAGGGAGGAAAAGGAGGGCUGAAAAUAAUUCCAAGUUCGCUUUUCUCCCUUUAAACCGGAGCUGGAAAUCCAGCUCCUUUGCUUGCUACCGUUUUCGUCCUUAAGUUAGAAACAAAAACGCUUAACUUUGUGAUCAAGGAAAAGAUAUAUAUAUUUCCAAGGACGAGGCGAGGAGCCAGGAUCCCACCCGCCCUCUCUUUGCCUCCGCCCGCCAAGCCCCAGCAACAGUUGAGCUCUGGAACCCGAACGAUGGGUCUGCCGGAGCAGCAGCGCUAGGCAGGCGCGGCCGCGAGACACACAGCCGGGCGUCGGCGAUGGGCACGGGCAGCAGCAGGCCGGGGAAAGGGCGCAGCUCGGUGAAGCCCUGGCGUGGCCCCGGCAGGGGCAGCGGGAGCAUCAGCGCCCCCGCCAGGCAGGGCCGAGCAGAGGAGGAGCAGGGCGCGGAGCCCAGGUGCUACAGCCAAACGCCGGCGCGCGCCACCACCUCGCCGUCGGCGGGCGAGUCCGACUCGGACUCGGAGCUUCUGGACCGGGUGCUGGAGGAGUGCAACGACGAAGGGCUCGGGCAGCCGACGGGGCGGCGACGCCGCCGCCCCCUCCUCCUCGAGGCCGCCGGGGAUGGCUGCUCCCGCCCGGCAGAGGGCAGCGGCGAGGAGGUAAGGCGGUGCUGCAGGUCGGGGGGGAGGCGAGACGGCGCGUCCAGGGUUUCCAUUCACCCGUUUUUGGAAAAGCGAGCUGAGCAUCUAGUAGACGGGCGCGCAACAUUUCUCCGAUGCAAAUAGGGACGUCCUAUUCCACAAUAGUAAUGAUGAUCGUUUUAUGAUGACGCGGUUGCCCCAAGCCACUCUGGGCGGCUUCCCAAGGUUUUUUUUCCUUGGCGGCGGGGGGGGGGGGGUCGAUGGCUCCAUAUCCUCCAGCAUUUCUGCCGUGGAAAUAGGGACGUCCUAAAGAAAAGCCGGACAUCCCAGGAUCAAAUCAGGAACCGGGUUGGCUUCUGUAAAUCUGGGGUUGUCCUUGGAAAAUAGGGACUUUUGGAAGGUCUGGGAGAGGGAGCAAGAUCCUGGCAUGUGCACUGUCUUAAGGGCGCUUCCAGGCAGCUGUGUUUUGGGGGGUGGGAGUCUGUCCCGCAGGCGCAAAGCCGAGACGCGCAAUUCCGGUUGGUUUGGGCAGCUUGCGCAGCGCGCUUUCUGAAGCGGCCUGGCGUGCUGGAAAGCGGGAUAACAAAUGAUUCGACGCCGCAUGGAAUCAUAGAAUUGUGAGGGAGCCCGACGGUGAUCUAGUCCAAACCCCUGCAAGCACAAGAGCCAACGCCUGACUGCCGAGGGGUCUUCGACCCCCCCCCCCCAGUAAAAUAUUUGUGAGGGCCGGACGCCUUCAAAUUUGAUAGGCAUUGCCAUUCAAAUAGUGUAUGUGCUCUGCGUUGUGUGAUCGAUUAUGCGGGAAGGGGCUUCCCCCCCUUCAAUAUUUUAUUCAAGUUGGCCCCCUGCUGCAAAGCAGAAAUCUCAGCUGAAGCACCUAAUCUCUGCUUUGGAACCUCCCUGGAAGGCGAGUGCACCGCCUUCCAAGGGAGCCCAACAGGUCUGUCACAAAGCUAUUCCCCAUCAUAAUACCUUCCCCUCAAACAAACAAGGACAGAUGCUGAAGAAACACCCAAAUUGUUGAACUUUCCCGCAAACUCUGGGUUAAAUGUUCAAUAAGCAGGCUGCCUGGCUCUGGAGGUGAUCUAGGAAUUGCUUUCAGAAAGGUGUUUUGCAUGGCUUGAACUCAGAGGAUUGGCAUAUUUGUGGUCUACAUGGGUCCUGUGUUCGAAAAUAUGACAGAGCUAAAUGCAUAAGAAUGAGCUAGUUAGUAAGAACCGUCUCAUCCCACAUGAACUGACCCAGAGCCUGUCACCUGAGGUCCUUCUCCGUGUUCCCCUUCCAUGGGACAUCUGGAGGGUGGCAACAGUGCAGGCAUGUUUAUUAUGUCAUUUUUUAAUGAAGUAGUUCAUUUUGACCAGCUUUGAUCCAAAUUGAGAAAGAACCUAGCUGUUUUGUGUUGAUAAUGUGCACAAAGCCUCAGCCCUCCUUUAAAUUCUAGUUUUAUGAAAAAAUACUCUGCUUGCUAUAGUGUUAAGUGAAACAAUGCCAUCUUGUGGCUUACCUUCUUAACCAUUCCUGGCUGUGCCCUAAUUUGGUGUGUGACAAACACAGCCAUUCUGUGGUUUCAUAUGAAAACUUUUUUAAAGCACGGUGCCACAGGGAUCUCUCCUGCACAAGACCUGCUGAAACGAAUAGAAAUUAUGCAACAGCAUCAGUGUACUUAAUAGGCUCUGUGCUAUGACUGGCAAUCUUUGGGGUGGUGGUGGGACUGUCACGGAUGUAAUGUUGGGUCUCUUCACUAUGUUUAAGAGUGCAUAGUGGCAGAAAAAAGGAGGACAGGUAUUACAGGAAAAUAAUGACACACUGUUGAGAUUGUGUUGUAAUUGAAACUCCUUUCAGGUUUGGGUAAUGUUACAGGGAUCUUUCCCUGGCAGGGCUCUAAAAUAGAAUCCUGCAGCAGGAUAUCUGCUAAGUCAACAGACAUAAGAGAGGGGUCUGGAUGCUGCGGAUGCACGCUUAAUUCAUUGUUCCUGAAUGCAAAACAGGUGCCACACAGUUCCUCAGCUCUCACUUAAUCACAGUUACGAGAUCAGAGAUAAACCACAGAAAAUUACCACUCCCACCUUCCCUGUGCACAAAGGAGCACAAACUUCAGCGAAUUUGAUUUUUCAUUGUGUGUCACCCAUGAUGUCCUGUUGAUUUGUUCCCAGGUCUUUUCAGCAAGAUCCACUCCAGGCCUAGAGAGCAACAACUUUGCCAACCAGUAAGUCACCUGAAUUCAAAUGACAAUCCUUUCAGCCAUGGGCAUUGUUUUGUUUUUACAGAAUACUUCUAUCCCACCUCAGAACCGCAGGAAGUUAUCAGAGCAGCUUACAAAAGAUUCUGUCAAUAAUAAUAAAAAAAGCAUUCGAAUCUGGCACCAGGAACAGAAAUGGCCCUCUGGUGGCAGCAGGAUUACUCAGGUGGCAUUUCGGAGUGCUCAUCCUUCGUCUCUCCUGGUUCUGCCCACUGAGGUCCUCUGGAGCAAGGGAGUGGGUCUGAGGAGCUGGAAUUCGCUCCAUCCCAUGAUGAAGGCAAGCCUUUCCUUGUUGGCGGUUGCCAGGCAACAGCUCCCACUGAGGACCUCUGAGGCAAGGGAGUCCUGCUGUGAGGAAUUGGCUUUCAGCCCAUGAUGGAGGCGAGAGCAUCAUUAUUCUCCUUUGCAGAAAAGGGCACCGUUUCCACCUAUAUAGUUUAAGGUUACCAGACGUCCCCGUUUCCUGGGGACAGUCCCCGGAUUUACAAAUCAGUCGCCUGAUAAAGUCCUUUCAUUCCUACUGAAGUUGAAAAGUGUCCCUGGAUUCAUUGAAAAAAAUCUGGUAACCUUAAUAUAGUUCAUCUCUUGCUUAACAGUCUGGGAACCAACACACACACACACACACCCUGCGUAUUACAGGCACAUAGGAAACGUUCAGCUUUUUGAUGGCCACGAAGCCCGAUUGGAAUGCUGUUAUUUUUAUCCUUGUGUAAGUGUGGAGAAGUCCACUCACCCUGAGGCAAACUAGAGGAGACCAAACGUCAUCAGAAUUUGGUUGCCUUAAUUUAGAUGUUGAGUGGGUUCCCCUAAGUAGGGACAGCCGUUUCCUCAAGAAGCGUGUUGGAAAAUUUGAAAAUAAUUAUUCAUAGCAUCCAAUGUCUUUGCCUUAAAAAAAAAUCACUCUGCUGUGUGAUGCAGCCUUCCACUUGCUUCUAGAACAGGAUGGGGAAAGGUCUAGAAUUGCCUGACAAGCAUUCCCACUACAGUUCUGCACUUCUUGCUAAAGGAGGAAAGCACCUGUCUUUUAUUUAUAGGCUUAAAGGUAAAGGUAAAGGAACCCCUGACCAUUAGGUCCAGUCGCAGACGACUCUGGGGUUACGGCGCUCAUCUCGCUUUAUUGGCUGAGGGAACCGGCGUACAGCUUCCGGGUCAUGUGGCCAGCAUGACUAAGCCGCUUCUGGCGAACCAGAGCAGCGCACGGAAACGCCGUUUACCUUCCUGCCAGAGCGGUACCUAUUUAUCUACUUGCACUUCGUGCUUUCGAACUGCUAGGUUGGCAGGAGCAGGGACCGAGCAACGGGAGCUCACCCCAUCACGGGGAUUCAAACCGUUAGCCCUAGUCUCUGGUUUAACCCACAGCGCCACCCACGUCCCAUUAUAUUUUACAUUAUAUUAUAUUAUAUUAUAUUAUAUUAUAUUAUAUUAUUAUAUUAUAUUAUAUUAAUUAUAUUUAUAGGCUUACUGAUGUUUAAUUGAAGAGUUUCCUUUACUACAAUUUUGUUUUAGCUUGAUAUUUAUUAUUCCAGAACAAUUCUUUCCCUUCCCUUGUUAGUACUGCUGUCGUUACAAUUUGCAUGACUUCUCCCUCAGUUAAAUAUGCCCAGAUCCCAGAGGAUAUAUUUCCACCUCUUCCACACAUACAGACACAUUUCCCUUUCAAAAAGUUCCUGCUUUUGUUCCGAGCUCAAUUUUAUUUAGCAUUUCAAGGUGGGGCGUAAAUAUUCUGGAUAAAUAUUUAUUUUUAAAAGUGUGUAGAUAGGAGACAAAAGAUAUUCAAAGUAAAAAAAAAUGAGCUCUGUGCAGAAAUAACAGUUUGCUAUUGGGGUGCAGAAAAAUUGGGCCUCUCCUUCAUUUAGUUUUGCAUAUUGACUAUAGUUUGUUUGUUUGUAUUUUUUAUUAUUAUUAUUAUUUCUGCAGGCUGCCACUCAAGAAGCUUGAGAGGCAGGCCAAGAUAUCCUACGAUUACUCCGAAGAGGAGCUGAUGGCAACGAUUGAGCAGGAAUACUGUCGCUGAAGCCGGUUGUGGGCUGUGCCAACAGUGACGAGAUAGUUGAAGCUGCAGCGGUGUUUCUCAGAAAGGUGUUUUCUCUGGGAUGGGGUGGGGAGGGGUGGGGAAAGCAAGAGCAGAGAAGAAGGCAUGCCACCAUCCAAGAAGGCUGGUAGAAUCCUCAAACAGGCUGGAGAAGCUUCUGCAGAGUUCUCUCUGCCAUUAUGUCAGGAUGUGGCCUUAUAGGGACUCUGUUGUGUCCAUUUGGGAAAAUACAUCUCCAAAGCUGGCGCAUCUACAGACGGAAUGUCAAGUUUUCCUGAUAUCUUAAAAUUAUGACUUAUGGAGGCACCAUCACCUUCGUCCUCAAAGUCUUGGGAGACUUGCAGCAAGGGACUUGAAUGCUUGUUUUCGACUGCACUUUUCCCUUUCUGUGUGCCAGCUUUGAUCCUGUCAGACCCCAAGCACUAACCUGUACAUUAUUAAAGCAUAUAUUCCCAGCAAAUUGUACCAGCC